GUCUGAGGAAGUGCAGCAGGACAAUCACGCUGACCUUCUUUGCCACGUCUGGCCAUGUUUAGUUGCACAUCAAAACAAACCUUUCUCACAAGACCUGCGGUAGUGUCAGGUGACAGUGUUGGGGAAGAUUAUUAUUAUUAUUUUUGUGAUCCGGGAGUUGUGACAGGAGGUAUCCAUGCCAGAUUUGCGGUACCGUUUCACAGUGCCAACAAAGCAUUUUGAAAUACUCGGACAGUGGCAUAAAAAGGACACCCAAUGCACAGUGGACUUGUGUAUUUUUUUUCUUUUCUUUUUCUAUUUCUAGAAGCUUCGUGGCCUGUGGAUAUCUACAAGUGAUUCGACCCCUUUUGAAAAAAAGUUUCAACCCAUGGGAAUAUACUGUAAUAUUCACACCCCCAUGUUACCUGUUUUGACCAAUCAGGAUAGAGUAUUUAAGACCCAUUUUAUAACUUGUUUUAACCUCCUGUGGCUUGCGUGCUCUCGAUAUCUCUUUCUGUCUGGAUUGAUUGGGCGUGAACGCCCUGCUUGCUUGCAUCUGUGCAUACUGGAGGUCACCGAGAAGUUUGUAGGGAAAUGCCUAGGCAAUGAUCUGCAGUGAUAGCACCAAGUUUGUGUCUCCUCCUGAAGUCUGCACCUUGCUUCAGCAGCUACAAGCAAAUAACCACCCAACAAACUCUUCUACAAAAUCUGCAAGGAAAUCCAGAACUUAGGGGGGGAAAUACAAAACGAAAACCGCUCAAGCGGAUGAUUGGGUGCUCCGACGCAAAACCCACAACUUGUCUGCAAUGGUGACAUGAAAAGGCCCGGUGUGCUGAAUUUCCGAAUUUUUAACAGUUGUUUUUAUUGAGUUCAUUUUUUAAAAGACGUGGCUUUCUCGAAGGAAAAAAAAAAUGCAUUUGUGCGGGAGAGCGCGGCGGGCUUUUCGACAGCCCACACUGCAGAUGAGCCUGCUGCUGCUCUUCGCCUUCUGCAUGGUUAGCGUCUUCAUCUCCGCCUACUUCCUGUACGGCGUGAAGCGGGAGUUGGAGCCAGCCGGAGACGUGCCGGCCCCGGACUGCGAUGACCCCAAGGUGACCCCAUCACGCUUGCUCCCCCUCAAGACCCUCAAGCAAGUGGACUCCUCUCGGACAGAUCCUGUGGUGUUGGUGUUUGUGGAGAGCCUGUACUCCCAGCUGGGCCAGGAGAUUGUGGCUAUCCUCGAGUCCAGCAGGUUUAAAUACCAGACAGAGAUUGCGCCUGGAAAGGGCGACAUGCCUACCCUCACAGACACAGACAGAGGCAGAUUUGCCCUCAUCAUAUACGAAAACAUCCUCAAGUACGUGAACCUGGAUGCCUGGAACAGAGAACUACUGGACAAGUACUGUGUGGAGUAUGGUGUUGGAAUCAUUGGCUUCUUUAAGGCAAACGAGAACAGUUUGCUGAGUGCCCAGCUGAAAGGUUUCCCACUGUUUCUGCACUCGAACCUGGGGCUGAAGGACUGCAGCGUGAACCCCAAGUCCCCGCUGCUGUACAUCACCAAGGCCAACGAGGUGGAGCGGGGGAUCCUUCCGGGUGACGACUGGACCGUCUUUCAGUCCAACCACUCCACCUACGAGCCAGUACUGCUGGCCAAAACCAAGUCUGCGGAGAGCAUCCCCCAGCUGGGUGUGAGCGCGGCGCUGCACACCUCCGUGGUGCAGGACCUGGGCCUCCACGACGGCAUCCAGCGCGUCCUCUUCGGGAACAACCUCAACUUCUGGCUGCACAAGCUGGUCUUCGUGGAUGCUGUGUCCUUCCUGACGGGCAAGAGGCUGUCUCUGUCCCUCGACCGCUACAUCCUCGUCGACAUCGAUGACAUCUUCGUAGGCAAGGAGGGCACGCGCAUGAAGGUCGAAGACGUCAAGGCUCUGCUGGAGACUCAGAAUGAUCUUCGAGCCCAUGUUCCAAAUUUCACUUUCAAUCUGGGAUUCUCGGGGAAAUUCUUUCACACAGGUACAGAUGAGGAGGAUCAGGGGGAUGACCUGUUGCUGUCAUACGUGGAGGAGUUCUGGUGGUUCCCUCACAUGUGGAGCCAUAUGCAGCCACAUCUUUUCCACAACCAAACUGUACUGGCAGAACAGAUGAUGCUCAACAGAAAAUUUGCAACUGAACAUGGCAUUCCUACCAACAUGGGCUAUGCAGUUGCCCCCCACCACUCUGGAGUGUACCCUGUGCAUGUUCAGCUGUACGAAGCCUGGAAGAAUGUGUGGGGCAUCAAGGUGACCAGCACAGAGGAGUACCCUCAUCUGAAGCCUGCCCGCUAUCGAAGGGGCUUCAUACACUCCGGGAUCAGUGUUCUCCCACGGCAGACCUGCGGCUUGUUCACACACACCAUCUUCUAUAAUGAGUACCCGGGGAGUCCCAAGGAGCUUGAUAAAAUCAUCAACGGAGGGGAACUCUUCCUCACUGUCCUGCUCAACCCAAUCAGUAUUUUCAUGACCCACCUGUCAAACUAUGGCAAUGACCGGCUUGGGCUGUACACCUUCAAGAACCUCAUCAAGUUCAUCCAGUCGUGGACCAACUUGAAGCUGCAGACCCUGCCACCCAUCCAGCUGGCACAGAGGUACUUCCAGAUCUUUCCAGAGGAGAGGGAUCCGCUCUGGCAGGAUCCAUGCGAAGACAAAAGGCACAAAGAUAUCUGGUCGAAAGAGAAGACUUGUGACAGGUUUCCCAAGCUGCUCAUCAUUGGCCCACAGAAAACAGGUACAACAGCACUAUAUCUCUUCUUGGGAAUGCACCCGGACCUAACCAGUAAUUACCCAAGCAAGGAAACCUUUGAAGAGAUCCAGUUCUUCAAUGGGAACAACUAUCACAAGGGGAUUGACUGGUACAUGGAGUACUUUCCCACUCCUUCCAAUGCCAGCUCGGAUUUCUACUUUGAAAAAAGUGCCAACUACUUUGACUCAGAGCUGGCAGGGAAGCGGGCAGCUGCUCUCUUGCCCAAGGCCAAAAUCCUCACGAUUCUCAUCAACCCUGCAGACCGGGCAUACUCCUGGUACCAGCACCAGCGUGCUCACGAUGACCCUGUGGCUCUGAAGUAUACUUUUCACGAGGUGAUCACGGCCAGGCCCGAUGCCCCAGUCAAGCUCCGUAUCCUACAGAACCGCUGCUUGGUACCGGGCUGGUACGCUACCCACAUUGAACGCUGGCUCAAAUAUUACCAUUCGAACCAGAUCUUGGUGCUCGAUGGGCAGCUUCUUCGAACUGAACCAGCUUUCGUCAUGGAGAAAGUACAGAAGUUUCUAGCUCUAACAAACAUCACAAACUACCACAAAAUCCUGGCGUUUGAUCCAAAGAAAGGAUUCUGGUGCCAGCUUGUGGAAGGAGGGAAGACAAAAUGUCUGGGGAAGAGUAAAGGAAGGAAGUACCCUGAAAUGGACUCUGAUUCCAGAGCCUUCAUGCAAGACUAUUACAGAGAGCACAACAUUGAGCUGUCAAAGCUGCUGCAUAAAUCAGGACAGUCUCUGCCCACCUGGCUGCGAGAGGAGCUGCAGAAUACCAGGUAGCGAGGACAGUAGAGACGGGAGCAAGAAUCGAGAGAAACGGGUAACAGCCAGCUGCGAAAUACACGUACACAGAGGACUGAGGAAACUAGAAGGAAAAAUAAUACUUAUUUUUUUUCAAAGAAAGCAAGCAGCUUGGAGAGGAACUGGAUUGAGAACCUUGAGGAGAAAACGAGCGAUCAGUUAUCAAACUGUGGACCUGGCUGCAUUUCUACUGUUGUAGAGCUGUAGUCCUCUGUCCUUAUUGCUCUGGCUCUAAAGUAGCAUUGGCUGUAACUAAUGACAGCUGCCUUAGAAGAGGAAUGGACCAGAGGAGGAGGGUAAAGCUGAGGCUGAAGUCUGGUUGAUCGCUGCAUACUGCAGUCAGUGGUAUAACUAAUAUUACCGGUGAGUGCCAGUGACGUCCAGCCAUAUUAGACUAGCCAGUAAGAACUACAAGUGCCAGGAUGUGCAUUCCCGGUUAAUGUCGUCAGUGCCAGUUGUUGUUUUUCCUUCCUUUUUUUUGUUUAGUUUUUUUUAAAGCCAUCAUCAAUGUGUUUUAACUCUCAUAGCCAGUAGGAAUACAGGUAAUGUACAGUAUUUGGGUAACUGCAUCAUGGAGAUUUGUAACUGGCCUUUUAAAAAUGUUAUUUUAUCAGACCUAGAAAAGUUAAUUACUGCAGCACAACGGGACAUGAAAUCAGAAGAGGUUGGGAUUUGUUUUUAAAAUGUUUGUUUUAUUCUACAGUAUUAAAUAACAAUGUGGACAUGCUUGUGAACAGAGAUAUUGCAAAAGAGAGCAGGUAGGCAAGGUUAGGCCAAAAGCACCAUUAACUAGUUUCCUGUUUGCCACAAAAUGCUGCUUUGCAAAGAAAAAAUGUGAUUUGGCUAUUAAAACACAAGCCUGUAUUUGUCCAGCUUGAUCCACUAAAAGAGAUUGGAGGAGAAUGUAAACUGGGUUGAUUUUAAUUCAGCAGUCUAAGCAACUUCAGUUGCAAUGCAGUUAAUGUCUUUAGUUCCAGCUGACUGACUGACUGUGUUUACCAUGUAUGCGCCAGCAGUGUUAAAUGUUUGUAACAUCCCGUGAAAUGAUGCAUUGUUACAAUAACAGGACAGGCAUUCAAAUGCUAAUAGAAGAAUGUAGGCAAGUUACUCCUACAAAGCAGUGGGAGAGAAAGAGGAAAUAUACAAACAGCUGUGAGUUAGCCAUUUGUGGCAAUUGGAUAUAAUGCUGCCGUUUAGCACCAAAUGUGAGAUUUGCAAUGAGGAAUAAAAAAAAAUUAUAAUUAUUAAACCUUUUUUAAAGCAAAUUUCAAUGUUGUUCCAGUAUUGCUAUUAAGUCAUCCAUUUCAUUAAUCAUGCUGUACUGUGAUCACGCAGCAUUACCCCCCAAGCCCUAAUCACGCUUUCUGUCUUUCUGGUCCAUUGAGAAGGCAAUCUCGUUUGUCUGAACGACCAGGUAUACACGACCUGAGAUCAUGUCUAAGGAGUGUGAUAGACCUGAUCAGGGAAACACAAAUAUAGAAGUCGUUCCUCUGUGGCCACAGAAAGGGCACACAAUACAAGCAGCGAUGUAUCGGUCUUCAACUGAGGAAGUUAACUAUCCUGUGCAGCUUCAGUGGGGAUGUAUAGUUUGUGAACUGGUCAAAAUAAAAGAUGAGGAAUGCUGCUUCAGAGCCAGAGGAUCCCAGCAGCAGCCCUAGAUUUACUUUCAGAUUCUCUUACGGAACCUUGAGUUUCUUAAGGUCAGAAGUGUUCAUCGAAUCUCAGAACUCAAGUUUAGUGAGUGCCACAAGGGUUAGGAUUCAUUACUAAGGGCUAAAGCCAUAAUCCACCACAUGGUGUAGUAUUAAGGGGGUCCCCAUGGUAGUAUUUACUUGGAAACACACAUACACAGUAUAUUGUUUCCUCAAUUCAUUUCAAUAAUUGAUCUUUUGUUCUGUUUUUGCAGUAACAGCAAGUCUGAAAGAUAUGUUGUUCUUGACCUGAAUUUAAUCAAAGUUUUAAAGCAUCACAGUAACUGUUAAUUUGUUUUGUCAUGUAUCUGAGUUUUAAUAACUGCGUUGGGUGGAUAUUUAUACUGCAGAUUGAGUCCGAAGGACGUUAUACAGACAGGUCAAAAGGAAACCCAUACUAUUAAGUACCAGGCAUAAGAAAAAGCUUUAGCUGGUUUCAUGCAAGAUCGAAAGUGCCUUGUGCAAGAGCAGUGCAUUUAAACGUCACAUGUUGUAGUGCAUAGUUACCAAGAAGCAUCAAUACGAUCCCAAAGUGCAAGCCAUAACUGUGUUGACUAUUGCUGUACAACCUCAGCCUACACAACAUCCUCCAAACGUGGGGUUAAUUUAUUUUGAAACAAAUACUGGUUAGCAGACCACCUGGUACUUGACUGUGAGAAAAGUAUAGUUCAGAUGCUUGUACAGACCUAGUACCUUAAUCGUGGCUUUAAUUAAGAUUACAAAGGGUUAAACUGUUGUCAUUGCCUGCCCCCCAGUCUUUACAUGUGUCGUUCAUUUGCUUCUGCUAAAUGUAUCGAUAUAUAUCAGUGGUUGUGAAUGGUAAUACAUUUAAUAGUACAUUUUGUAUCCACUAAUGGAUAUUCUGAUUGGUGCACAUUCUGAAGCUUGCAGUGGCAAGUAAUGAGUUUUUAUUAUAAUUUGUUUUUAUUAUUAUCGAACGCAAUGUUCUGUGACAAGGUCGUUUUUGGUGCACUGCUGUGAACAGUGGUGCACCAAAGCCAGGAAUUUAAAUGGCACCUUGGUAAUUCUUGCCAAGAUGUCCUCCGAAUGUUUCUGCAAAGCCAUUUAAAUGUGUUUAGCUGUGCUAAAUUUCCUUGGUUUCUGUCUCCUCACACUCAGGGUAAGCUCUGCUCUGCUAAUUUAGGUCAUUGCUUCCCCACAGUUAAGAGGAAAUUGCUCUGCAGAGUGCUGUGCCUUUCCGUCUAAUUCUCUGUUCCGAGAAACAAUUGUGCUUCACUUUGCAACGAGCAGAUUAAUGACAGUCUAGGUACCAUCCUUUGAACUGCGGGUUUUGCUUUAUUGGGUGGGUUUGUUUCCUUCCCACCAAAACAAAGAGAUUGUAUUAAAUAAUUAGGUACUGACAAAACUCCAUUAAAUGUAGGUAUGGUACACGCUAUAUUAACUUACCACAUUUCAAUUCUAAUUAUGAAAAUUCAGGAUGGUGGGAAUGUAAACCUGUUCAGGUUCGUUUAGCCCACAUAUUAUUAAUAUGGGCUUUAUUAUUAAUAUUAUUAUUUAGCUUAACUCAAGAAAAUGAAAUAUUAAUAUUGAAGUGACAAAAUCAAACCAUUGUUUCAAGGAUAUUGUAAUCAAACCGUUAUUUUUUAAAAUCAAACCAUGUUUAUUGGAUAUUUUAUAUGGUUAUUGCAAUUACAUCAGCACAUUUCUACAGGGGAUGGGGGGCACGACAAGGAUCUAGACAAGGUUUUGCCAAAAACAACUAAAUAUAAAUAUCCACUUAACUGUAUGUUGCGAGCAUAUUUUGUGUGAAGUCAUCUGUUGUAAUGUGGAAAAACUAUUUCAGUUGUAGUGUUAACCUCUAAGUGAUGGAUAAUGCUGUGACUCUCCCACUGUACUACAAAAGAUACUUUCAACCAGUUGUGUUCGCUUUUGGCUUUAUUGGAAAUAAAGCAUUUCUAUUUUGGAGGUACGCUUUUACGCAAAUAUAUAUUUGAGGCAGAUUGUGCCCUAUAUAUAUAUAUAUAUAUAUAUAUAUAUAUAUAUAUAUAUAUAUAUAUAUAUAUACAUUUUAUAGACACACACACACACUAGAGUUGGAUUCUACUGGGAAUGUAUUUAUUAACAGCCCAGCAUUGCUGUGUGUUUUGCACCCUAACAAAAUGGGAUCAAACUGACCCUUGAAAACAAAGCCGUGCAUCUCUCAGAACCUGAAAGAGCACUUUCCUAAUGUACUUGCCUGUCUCUUUUUAAAGUCGCAUUACCCCCUCACCUCCUUUCUAGCUCUGAGUUUGUAAUAAGUAAUCCUGAUUAAUUCAUUGUGGUCCAUCUCUGUUCAAAUACUUAAACUGUGAAGCAUUCUGCAUGUUCUACAAAUAUGUGUGUUUAAUUGGAUUCAGUGCAACACAAAGUUCAAAAAAGUGAAUCUUGGCACAAAGAGCCUUAAGCAUGUGUAGAGUGCUAAGAAAAUGAAUGACAUUCCAUGGCAGAUGGUGCAUAACUACUGUACUGCUACUGCUAUUACUACUAAUACAUUCUAUUUUGUACUUUUGGUGGGCUGAAAGAGGAAGAAUCACUUUCUCAGCGAAAUGUUGUUCAGGCAGUCUUGUACCAGGUAGAGAUGUUUAAACCCCUUUAUUGUAUUAUCAGACUUCACUGUAAAUACAUGUUCUUAUAUGCAGUAUGUAAGUUCCUGUUAUCCAGUGUCUAAUUUAUACCUCAUUAUCCCUCCCCGUCGUUAAUCAGUGUCUUUUUGACUUCUCCAAGCAGCAUCUUGUGCUUUGUACUGCUGAUGAAGCAACCAACAAAAACAGCUUUCUUAGCGUUCAACAGUAUAUGCCGACCACUGUGUGCAGUGGCAAACAACUCUGUACCAGGAGUCGCUUUCUGCAGUAGCAGUGACAAUAGGAAAGGGUUUAAUGCAAACCGUUUGUAUUAAGAGUUCUUGCUAAAGGAAAAAAUCCACUAUGUAUAAAAAUACUCAAUUCAGUGACGUGAAACAAAUAAAGACCAGACGGUCUGAGAAAACGGUAUUACCACUACAGAACAACACUUGUUAUAACAGCUGCUUAUUUCAGGUUUAAAAAUAAAGAAAUACAUUUUUUUUUUUUAAAGCUGUUUUCAUGAUUCUGCAUGGUGAAACCAUUUCAAUUAUUAAACACAUCAACUGGUGGCGCUGUGCUGCUUUAAUGUGCUUUAACCCUUUGAAAUAUGCUGGGGUUGGGGAGGUCUACCUGCAGCUUGGCAGGCUAUCCUUGAAUGCAUCUUAAAAGUUAGAACAGGACAAUUAACAUUGUAAAUGCGUAUGACAGUUGUAUUUAUUUUGUAAAUUACUUUAACUCAAUACUGUUAUGUAACCGAGUUUUCACUAUUAUUGGGGGGGGGGGGGGGCUGUACAGCAACAGCAUUCUAGGGGUUAAAGGACAGCAGGGUGUACAUUUCAGAUUAACUCUGAUUUAAUACAAUGGAGUAUUUGAGGUGUAGUGAAUUAAACAAUAGUUCAUGCAGAAAACCCACCUGCUGCAUCAUAGUUAUUACAUACAGACAGUAUAGUUCUAAGCUGAAGCAGGGUCAGCAAAUGCUAGUUGGAAAGUUAUGGUACACCCUGUGGGAUCAUGCACAUUCAUAUACUCUAUUACUAUUUAUUUCUCUGUCUGGCAGGAGAUUUCCACCUUUUUUUUGGUCAUAAUCCAUGUGAACUGCACACUGCCAGCUGUGUUUUCUAUAUUUUAAAAGUCCUGUAUUUUUAAUGUUGAGUAUUAAAAAAUAUAUAUAUAUAUAAUGAUGUUGAUAAUAAUAACCUGGACUGUACAAUAAGACUGUAAUUGUUAAUAUUUUUUAUUGUGUAACAUACUUUUGUGCUUUUAAUUACAAAUAAAAACACCACUUUUUUUUCUUUUUUGUGGACACUCAUCUGAGAACUGACUAAAGAGCCCAUGGAACAAUAUCUUCUGUGUUUUUGUUUUUAUUUGAAUUUGUUUUAUGUUGGUACCUACCAGUGGCAUCCAGAAUGUGAGUCUCAAAUUGAAUCUCGUCAGGCAAGGACUUAAAAGCUACAAAACGAAACCUGUCCGCAUUAUUAAAUCUGUCGUGGUGUUUGACGAGUGAAAUGCCUUUUAAAAAUCACUAUUUUGUUAUUCUGUAAUAAAAACAUUACGCUUGAAUGCGUUUUCUGUUCAGACAUUUAGAUCCUUAACAUCAUUAAAACAGACCCCAGAAUGUAGGUACAAUAAUAACCCUGGACAUCAAAUACUCUGUAAACACGUUCUCCGAUUAUCACAAAAUUAAUAACAUUUGUCUUGCAUUUUGGGGGUCCUCUGGCUUUAAAUCUCCACCGGUAUCUUGUGAAAUCAGCCCAACUUUUGACAUGACCAUUGAGAGAGGUGGGCACUCCUAUGGUCCAGUUCAAUCAGCUGUUACUGUAGCUGGAAAAUAUCCAUUUGUUCAAUAAACAGAUGUGAACCCAUUUCUUUUUUUAUUUAUUAGUCAUAUUUGCUAACGUGUUUAUCAAAUUGAAAUUGUUCCACAUUUCUUCUGUUAUUGCAUGAUUUAAUAUUCUAAAAUGUGUUUUUCUCAGCUGUCUCUCAUUCUGUUUCUCGUGAGCACAGGUGACAGUGAAGCAAUGAUCUGUAGCGCCUCUCUCCAGAUGCUAUUUUUUGUCAACAGCUAUGAAAUUUCCCCAAGCCCAAUCAAAAUGGUCUUUUACAUUUGUGUUUAUGAUGUGCUGCAUCUUUCCAACAACAUAACACACAUAAUUUAACACUUGGCACACCCCAGGGGAAAGAGGAAAAGCAGCACAAGAAAUUCCCUUGCUUGCAUUCCAUGUCAUUUACUUAACAAACUGUUUCGAACUGUUUCGACUUCUGACAACCAAGUUUAAAUUAAUAAAAUAUGGAAGGAAAUGAGUUUAUCUUCAUUGCAUAUGCAAACCAGUCUGGUAUGUAUUUAAUAUAGUACAGUCUGCCAUUUCAAAUUGCAUUAGCAUUUCAUUAUUUUCAUGCUUUAGUAAAGAGUUGGCUUGUUUGUGUAUAAAUAUGAGCUUCUUUACAAUGUAUUUAUACAAAGUUAAUACCCUGUGUCAUCACCAUUCAAACGUGAAAUGUGUUAUGCUGCUUCCCAGGCUCCUGUUUUGUUUUUGUUUUUUUUGUUUCUUUUUUUCUUGUGAUACGUACCUGUUUAUUAACAUCAGUACCCAAUUAAAGUCAGACGAGCUACCUUGA